GCGCUGCGCAACGGCCGCCCGACCGUCCUCGAGUUCUACGCGGACUGGUGCGAGGUGUGCAAAGAGUCCGCGCCGGUGGUGUACGACGUGGAGAAGAAGUUUGGUGAGAAGAUCAACUUCGUGAUGCUUAACAUCGACAACACGAAGUGGGGCGGGGAGAUCGACCAGUACGGCGUGGACGGCAUCCCGCACAUCGUGUUCCUGGACGACGAGGGCAAGAGCGAAGGGAUGGUCGUCGGGAAGUUCCCGAAGCAGGUGUUGGAGGCGAACGUCGCGGCGCUGAGCGAGGGGAAGACGUCGUUGCCGUACGCGAAAGUG